AUGGAAGGGCGUCAGCAGCCGGCGGCGGUGCCCAGCUCUGCUUGUGCCUGGAGGCAGCACAACUUUGAGGCCAGAAACGCGUUUGGUGGCACCACCGAGGACUGUGGCAGUUGGGACAGUCCCGCUGCUGCUCUGCUGGCCACGGGGCGGGAGAAGGGCGGUGUGGGGAGCCCAAGGCUGCUGGUCGCGGCUCUCCUGGCCCAGGCCACUGUCCUGCCGAUCUUCACUGGCCCGGAACACGUCCCCGUGCUGGAUGUGCAGCAGGUCGAGCACCAGUCCUGCCCGGUGGCCUGGGCUGAGCCCUCCAAGCAGCCAGCAGCGGCAAGGGCUUUUGGAGAAUAUCUUUCACAAAACCAUCCUGAAGGUAGAAACGGCUCAGAUCACCUGUUAGCAGACUCCUACAUCGGACAGGAGGACUCCCCUGAGAUGCAGCAGGCGGCACAGAACAAGCGCAGGCUCUCCGUCAUCUCAGACGGCAAGUUCGAGAGGAGCUUCUCCGAGGAGCAGGCAGAGAAGAUGCCAAGCGAGGGACCAAAGCCGCGAGUCUACACGAUCUCCGGCGAGAGGCCGAUGCUGUCGGACCACGAGAAUGAAAGUAUGGAACUGGUGGUGAUGAAGGGGGCUGCCCAAGAGGAAUGCCACCACGGCCACCACGUGCACAGCGCUGGUGGCUCUCAUGGCGUCAGCAGGCAUUGCAAGGGCUGGCCGGGCAGCCGGCAGGGCUCCAAGGAGUGCCCCAGCUGCACCCGGCUGGCUGUCCCCUCCCAGCACUCCUUCGACCUGGAGCAGCAUCAAGCCAGCGAGACCGGCUGGCACAGAAAAAGGCUGGAGAGGAUGUACAGCGUUGAUCGAGUGUCUGAUGAUGUCCCCAUACGAACCUGGUUCCCAAAAGAGAACCUCUUCAGUUUUCAAACUGCUACUACAACUAUGCAAGCCAUCUCGGCGUUCAGGGGCUACGCAGAGAGGAAGAGACGGAAACGAGAGAAUGAUUCUGCAGCUGUUAUACAGAGGAAUUUUCGGAAGCACCUCCGCAUGGUGGGGAGCCGAAGGGUUAAAGCACAAACAUUUGCCGAACGGCGUGAGAGGAGCUUCAGCAGGUCCUGGAGUGACCCGACUCCCAUCAAAGCCGAUUCCUUCCAUGACUCUCGAGAAAGCCAUGACCUUCAGGAUUCCUGCGGCGCUUUGGAUGGUGACUUUGACUUGAACUGGGAAGCAGAAAAAGAACUCGAAGCCAUGGCAUGUGACGGAGAAGACUUUAUUCCGCCAAAAAUAAUGCUCAUUUCUUCCAAGGUGCCCAAAGCAGAGUAUGUCCCGACAAUUAUCCGCAGGGACGACCCUUCUAUCAUCCCCAUUCUCUACGACCAUGAACAUGCCACCUUUGAUGACAUCCUAGAGGAAAUAGAGAAGAAACUUAACAUUUAUCGGAAAGGCUGCAAAAUCUGGAAGAUGCUGAUAUUUUGCCAGGGAGGUCCUGGUCACUUAUACUUGCUAAAGAACAAAGUUGCCACUUUUGCCAAAGUGGAGAAGGAGGAAGAUAUGAUCCUCUUCUGGAAGAGGUUGAGCCGGCUGAUGAGUAAAGUCAAUCCUGAACCAAAUAUCAUUCACGUCAUGGGCUGCUAUGUUCUUGGAAACCCCAAUGGGGAGAAGCUAUUUCAGAAUCUGAAAAACUUAAUGAAUCCUUAUAGGGUUGCCUUUGAGUCUCCACUUGAACUAUCAGCUCAAGGUAAGCAAAUGAUCGAGACUUACUUUGACUUCCGCCUUUACCGCCUCUGGAAGACCCGCCAGCACUCUAAGCUAUUGGAUUACGAUGACAUUUUAUGAGCUGGAGAAGACUUUGCAAGAGGAAGUCGAUCACCGGUGUCCAAGAAGUCAUGCUUAUUGCAGAGAGACUUUUUUAUUGGCACGGGGAGCCCUUCAAAGCCCUACGGGAGGCAGCAGUGCAAAAGGGAGCGGAGAAGGAGCCCUCGGCAGCGCGUCGGGACGAAAGGCUCCUGGGUCAAGAGAGACUGGAGGGAAAGGGUGUGACACCUCGCUCGCCUCGGGUCAGAGCCGUGGUGUCUCAGGAGGAGCUGUGUGAAGCGAGGACAGGAUGGAGUUCCUUGCAGAACUGAGCUGUUUUGGGUCAGAAUGGGCCAGAUUUGAUUCCAGGUCCUUUUAAAGACUUUCAAAGCUCAGGUUUUCUUACAAAAAAAUAAAAUCAAUUACCCAUGCACUACAAUGAAGAAGUGACCAGAGCACAGAGGGAGGAGGGGUUUGGACUGAUGGGAGCUUCUGUGCUGAGGAUCUUGGAGAGCAAGGACCGCUACACCUACUCCUGCAAGCUUAGAUCAAGACGAUCCAGUUUCAAUGUGAAUAUAUACUGGAAUAUAGAAUUGAAAUCUAACUUUUGGUUUUGUUCUGUUUGAUAGAAAAUAAGUGCAAUUUUUAUAGCGAGAGGGGUAAAAUCCCUCCCAGUAUUUAAUUAGUUAAGAAUAACACACCAGUAACCAAUAGAUGAGGUAUUUUUGGUCUGCUUGAAAAUAUAUUCAGAAUGGUAAUAUAUCUUCUGUAGACAUAUUUAAUCACCAGCAAACAUGGUUUUAACAUAA